AUGGGCACAGUCCUGCAAGAGCGGGUGCCACAACAAUGUCUGGAGAGGCUCUCCAUCGCGGAGAGGGAAUGGAAGAAGAAGGUGCUCUGGAGCAACAGCAGGCCUAAUGUGGCCAGCAAUAAAAUGGGCAGACGGCAGUCACAGAGGAAGUCACUGCAGCCACAGCACACGCGCACAAGUCAGGAGAAUAAUCAUGACAAAAAGCUGCAGCAAAGAAGAAAGCACAAACCUAACACUCCAUCAACCAAGUGCAAUAUGUCACAACACAGUGCUCAGGGAACCUCAGCGUCAAAGUCCCGUCCCUCGUGUCCUCCUGCAGAGGACGGGAUGGAACCGAAGGUCCAGCAGGCUGCUCAGCGCCGCGGCCACAGAGAACAGAAACACAGAGGGAGCCGACACACAGCUGCCUUUCCCUGCCGCCGCCUGUGUGACUCCAGUCCUGAUCUACUGGAGAGACAAUCGUCGAACCCAGAGGUAGAACGUCUGAGCGUUCAUGGAGAAGAAGGCGACAGUGACACCGACCUGUCUGAUUCAGAGAGACUUCCUGUGUCACACUCUCGUCAGGUUCCUCCACAGCUGGAGCUACGGCCAGAGGUCAUCGAAGCUGAAGACCGUUCCUCUCACAGCAGCUGCAGACCCAGAGGACACGGUCGAGGUACGUUUGAAUUCCCAGACUUCCUCCCUCCACCUUUUAAUUCCUGGAGCCUUAGUCAGCUCGCUGUUUUCUACAACAUGGAGGGCCGCGGGGCUCCUCGACCCAGGCCUGUAGGCCCUUUGGAGAGGUACUUGGAGAGACUCCUGCAGCUGGAGUGGCGCCAGAUCCAGAGCGUCCAAGAAGAGGGUGGGAGGUCAACUGUCUCAGAGGUGACAUCCAGUUGCCACAGGCCUGCCGCCGCUGCCACGUCACGCCUCAGCUCUCCAAAGUGUAUCCUCCAGUGUCAGCGUGCCUUCCCCCUCACACUCCUCUCCUCCAUGGCCAGUCAUUCUGCCCUGCUCUCCGGCUGCGCCUGCACCCUCUGCCGAAUCCGCUACACCACCUGCAGCGCCUCCUGCUGCCGCUCCACCCACAGCCACACCCGUCAGUCGAGACUGAGCCCGACGCUGGAGCGCAGGGGUCCCAUUUCACUGCCUAAAAGGAGCUACAGCGAGAGCCGGGUACACUCGUCAGAAAGGGGCUCGGCAAACCGGGCCCUGAGGUUCAGCAGCCCCGUGAGGGCCAACAACCACAUGAGACGGAUGCAAGCUCUGGGCAACAUUCGCAAUCCUGUUCAAGGUGCUAACAAUAAGCCUCACUCUGCCAGGGACUCCAGCGUCGGGGCUGGGAGGGACCGGCUGGGAACACGGGGGGAGGUUUUGGACUACAGGACAGGAGGGUUUAGGAAAAGGAGUGGCUCAGAACAGAGAAAAAGUGUGGCAGAAAGACAAGAUGCAUCGGAGAGGAGACGGAGCGGCUCUGAGUGUAGAAGAGGAGGAGGUGAAAGGAGGAGAGCGGCUGAGAUUAAGGAACGGGAGAUUAAACCAGAUGCUGUGACGGCAAUAAUGGACAAUUUACCAGUAUCCAAAUAUUCUCCUGUAAACAGACCAAACAGGCUGAAACAGGUCGACUUUGAUACAUAA